CCAGAGACUAUCUCGCCGUCUACCCCCCCCCAGCCUAUCCAUCGCUCGUUGCAUUGGUUACAGUGUGCAAACCGCGACAGAAUUCUCGGCGGUCGCCUCGAAUCGAUCGAUUACUUGAGACAUAGUAUGCAGACGCGAUUACAAGAGUCAAACCAGAUGAAGUCUAACAAAAGAAAUCCAAUUUGUCAGCUCAUUAUACAGUCAUGCUUUGCCGAUGGAUUGCUAAUUUGACGACAAAAAGCGUUUCUGUUGAACCUUUGGGACUUCGUCACCAUAUCGUCAGCUUCUCUGUACAAAAUAGGACAUUAAAAACUCAUGACACGGGAACAGCCGGCGCAAUGCUCCUCAAUUUCGGAGUACGAUGGAUGAAGGCGAUUCUAGUCAUGAUCGGAAAUGUUCAGAGCACCUCUGGCAAAAUUCUGAAGAACUAGAGAUUCUAUAUGUUGAGCAAACAACUGAUAGUGUUUA